AUCACUUUAUUAAAUCGUUCGAAGAACCUACUCUUUGGUGUUGCAGAGAACUACAGAGCUCUAGCAAACCAGUAUUUGAUAUUUGCAAGGACCCUACUUGCAAAAAGAGAAGUUUCCGGAGUGAAUGAAGAAUCAAAAUUGAUGAAUGAAGCACUAGAGUUAUGUGAGAAGGGAUUGAGAAUAGUAAAAAGGAAGGAUGAGAUAUUAGCUCUGAAGGAUCUGAAGUCAAAGACACUUAGAUUUAUGGCAGCAUCUCAUUUGCAGAGAGAUGAAUUUGAGAAUGCAUUGAGAUGUGUGAAAUUUUUGAGAAGUGGUGAGACGGAUGAGCACCCUAGUCUCAGUGUGCUGGCCAUGAAGGCUUGGUUAGGGUUGGGCAGGUUCGGAGAAGCAGAGAAGGAGCUAAGGGGGAUGGUGUUGGAUAAUGGUAUUCCGGAGGGGAUUUGGAUUUCAGCAGUAGAGUCAUAUUUCCAAGCUGUGGGGGCUGCAGGAGCUGAAACAACGAAAGGCGUAUUUUUGGGACUUCUAGGAAGGUGUCAUGUCAGCGCCGGUGCUGCACUGAGGAUUGUGAGUAAGGUGAUUGGAGACGGAGGAUAUGAUGGAAAGGAUGCAAGAGUGAGGGCAAAGGUGGUGGCUGAGCUGGCAUCUGAUGACAGAGUGGUGGAACUUUUCUCUGGAGAGCCAUCUGCCAAGGAGAGGACUGCCAUGCAUGCUAUUCUUUGGAACUGUGCUGCUGAACAUUUCCGCUCAAAAGAUUACCAGACCAGCGCAGAUAUUUUUGAGAAAGCUAUGCUUUAUGUUCCUUAUGAUAUGGAAAGUAGAACUCUCAGGGCAAAUGGCUAUAGAGUAUUGUGCCUCUGUCAUCUUGGCCUCUCGCAGCUUGAUAGAGCUGAAGAGUACAUUAAUGAGGCUGAAAAGCUUGAACCAACUAUAGCCUCAGCCUUCCUCAAGUUUAAGGUGUACCUACAGAAAAAAGACAACACUGCUGCCACUUCCCAGGUUAAAGCAAUGUUGAGUUGCCUAGAUUUCACUACUGACUUUCUCUUGCUCGCAGCUCAUGAAGCUACAGCUUGCCAUUCACUUCCAGUUGCCAUUGCUUCUUUUUCACAUAUCUUAGACUUCUAUUCCGCCGGGAAACAAAUACCAACCUCUGAGGUAGUGAUUUUCCGGACAUUAAUUGAACUUUUAUCUCAAGAUCAUAACAGUGAUUCUGAUAUCCUUACAAUUGUGAAACGAGCUUAUGCCCGAAUGUGUGAACUUGGACCAAAAGCCUUUUUUGGGAAUGGUGAAGUUGGUAGACGAGAAAGAAAUUGGUUUUCUGUGAGUGCUUGGAAUUCCGGAGUAAGAACUGGAAAGGAGAAAAAGUAUGACUUAUGUGCAGAAUUCUUCAGGUUGGCAUCAGAAUUUUAUAGUGUUGUGACUGAUGAAGAAACAGAGGGGAACACUGUAAUGGUUUGCCAAUCACUGAUAUUGGCUGUAUCUUCCAUUAUUGCUGAUGAGAAGUACAAAAAUGUUACACUAAUGGAAACUGAAGUCAAACAGGCCAUUGCAAUGCUUGCUAGGGUGCAGAAGAUAAUAACGUCAACGGCAGGUGAAAAUGACAAUCUGUUAGCAACUAUUGGGCACGACUUAUUCUUUUCAUACAUAUGGUGCGCUUAUGAUCUCUAUGGGAGGCUGGAUGGAAUGGGUCCCCAACAGCUUCUCCUAAUAAAACAGUUGGCCAGCUCAAAAGGCAGCAACCCUGACCAUCUUCUCCAGAUAGGCCUCGAUGCCGCACAAGGACCACGGUCAAACCACGAAGUAGCAUCGUUAGCACUAAACGCAUGCCUUUCUGCCCUCCUGGCUGCCCCACUGCCUGACUACACAACCGUCGCCCUCGUCCUCAGAAAACUAAUCUCUCUCGGGACCAUCCGGUUAGGCGAUGCAUGUGAUGACAGUGUAAUGGAAUUGUAUAAGCAAGCAUACAGGAUUAUGGUGGGGCUGAAGGAAGGGGAAUAUCCAGUUGAAGAGGCGAAAUGGCUGUCUAUGACUGCGUGGAACCGGGCAGCCGUCCCGGUGAGGGUGGGGCAUAUAGAUACGGCCAAGAGGUGGAUGAGUAUGGGGUUGGAGUUAGCUAGGAUGGUUCCGGGGAUGGAGACUUAUAAGUCGUGUAUGGAAGAAUUUCUUGCAGGCUUUGGAGAGAAGAUUGAUGGGCAGGGUGACACUACUAGAAGCAGUGAAUUCUAGCUCCCAGCAAGCUCGUUCAAUCCUCCAUACUAUUGGAUGGUCUUCCAUCUCCUGCCCACUGAAGAGAAGCAUGGAGAGGCAUGGAGAGGAGGCAUGAGUUAUAGCAUGGACACCAAUGAAUAUGUCUCCAACCUUGUCUAUAAAUAGGAUGAUCUUCCAUUGUUCAAAGGCAUCAAAAAUCGUAGAGAAAAAUGUAGUGAGAGUGAUACACAUAUAAUGAGUGUAUGAAAGGGUUGAUUUUUUGUAAUAGUUGAGUGAGAGAGUUGUUCCUCCUAUUGUAAUCAUGUUCUGGUUAUGAAUAGAAGAAUUUUCCAAUCCUAACACUAUGCUCUUUGAUAUAUAGCUAAGAGAUAUAUAUGGUAUUAUGUUAUAUAAUAUAUCUUCCAAAUUUAAAAGAUGAUGUGUUUAAUUGAUGGAAAUGAAAUUGAAUAAUAUACUUACUUAUUUUCUAUUUAGAGCCCGAUUGGUAAUACCAAAAUCGACUGAUUCUGCUGAAACUUAUAAAUUUCUGGCUGAAAUGACUAGAUUGAUUGA